AUGCUGUCCCAAUGGUUAAAACCGGGACUACCGGUAUUACUGGCACUGGCAGCACUAACAGCCACAGCAGCAUUGGAAGCAACAAGGGCUACACAUUUCUCCUCUCCCUCCCCUCCUUCGUCGCUCCUCACCAAGCUCAAAAGCAUUGCCUGCCAUCACCAUCGCCAUCACCAUCACCGUCACCAUCACCAUCCCCAUCCCCAUCCCCAUCCCCAUCAUCAACCCUCCCAUCAUCCCCCUCCUCUGUGCCAAAGCACAACUCUCAACUCCUCCUCAAUCCCCGCAACAACCUCCCACCCCUCCCCACACAUCAAGUCGCCUCAAAAGCGUCACCAUCACCAUCCCUCUCAUCAUCCCUCCCAGCAUCCCCCUCCUCUGUACCAAAGUACCGGUCCCCAAACUCCCCCAUUCCUGGCACCACUCUGUACACCUCGUUAA